GGCCCCGAGCCCGGGCAGCGGACGCCGACGGCGGGGCGGCCGGGACUCCCGGCGUGCGGGCGGCCGGGGGCGCCGAGCCGCUCGGCAUGAGGAGGAGGACGGCGGGGCUCGGGCGGAGCGGCCGCAACUCCCGCGCGUGAGGACCCCGGGGGCUUCCGCCAUGCGGGCGCCCUGAGGCCUCGGGAGGCGAUGCGGGCUCGCUGUUGAGUGGCUUGGGGGAGAGCGAGGAAGCCCCAAAAUGGAGGACUUCUCCGCCAGGACCUACGGCACCAGUGGCCUGGACAACAGACCUCUGUUCGGGGAGACGUCCGCCAAGGAUCGAAUCAUCCAUUUAGUUGUUGGCAGCUUAACAUCCUUACUGAUUCUUGUAACGCUGAUCAGCGCAUUUGUUUUCCCGCAGCUACCUCCAAAACCGCUGAAUAUAUUUUUUGCUGUAUGCAUCUCUUUGAGCAGUAUUACUGCCUGCAUACUUAUCUACUGGUAUCGACAAGGAGAUUUAGAACCGAAAUUUAGAAAUCUAAUUUACUAUAUCUUAUUUUCUAUCAUCAUGUUAUGUAUAUGUGCAAACCUGUACUUCCAUGAUGUGGGAAGGUGAGGCUGCCAAGGAGAAAUACCUACCAGGACUCUUCAAAACUGUGUAUUAGGACAGUGAAAAAUAGCUGGAGAAGGUAUGCUGAAGAAUCUCCUCUAAAUCUGAUACAUGAUUUUCAUGUUAAUUGUAAAUCUAAAUUCCCUAUUGCAAGGGAGACAUAGAGAUCACUUUGCUUUUUCUUUCAGAAAUGUUGCACGUAAACAUUCCAACCCUUAAAGCUUCGAUAGCACAAUUUUCACUUCUGAAAUUGAUUUUUUUUUUACAUACAAUGUAAAUGCAUGGCAAAAGGCUAUGUAACAAACAAUGCAUUUUUAGGACAAAUAUUCUUUUAUUUCUGUUAAACUGAAUAUACAAUUAUUGUUCCCUAGGCAACCAACUUUUGCUUAAACUACAAUUUCACAUUAACAAAACACAGAUGGUGAAAAGACAACUUUGAUUGUGAAGAUCUAAUUACAAUAAUAAAUAAAAUAAUUUAUACAAGG